UAUUUGUGACGUGGCGAACCAGCGACACCUCGAGCUGACUUCCUGCUUUGAGGCUAGGAAGAGACUGCUAGAUAGCCUUCCACAUAUUUUCAAAAGAAAUACUCAGAACCUAUCGAAGUGGUUUAUUAUGAAACGUCACUUUGAAGUAAGCUUUCAGACUCUGGUCCAAGGUGCUCUGCAGAUUAUAUUGAACUCAACAUGUACUACUACUACUCCUGCUCCACAAAGAUUCUAGAUUUUUCCUAAUUAAAGCAUUAGAAGAGGACGGAUUGGGACUAGGAUUAGGAUACGGAUUCUAUAAAAAAUUGUGUGUGCAAUUUAAAGCAUUAGAAGAGGACGGCCUAGGAUUUGGAUUAGGACACGGAUUCUAGAUUUUUUGGUAAUUUAAAGCAUUAGAAGAGGAUGGACUAGGAUUGGGACUAGGAUUAGGAUACCGAUAAUCUCCACCAUUGUUCUUGGAAUCGAUCAGUGAGUUUGAAGCCUGCAGGUGCCUUCGGUUUAUUUUAGCAGGGCCUAACCAAUACCAACAAUGACUGAUGGAAGGAUCUACGUGGGAAAUCUUCCAAUGGACGUCCAGGAGAGGGACAUAGAGGAUCUCUUCUUCAAAUAUGGAAAAAUCCGGGAUAUCGAACUAAAGAAUAACAGGGGAACCAUCCCUUUUGCUUUUGUUCGCUUCGAUGAUCCACGGGAUGCGGAAGACGCGGUCUAUGGAAGGAAUGGAUAUGGAUUCGGAGACUCCAAGCUACGUGUAGAAUACCCUCGCUCCUCUGGCGCCAAAUUUAGUGGCCCUAUGGGAGGAGGAGAAGGAGGGGGUCCUAGGGGGAGGUUUGGGCCUCCAACUCGGAGAUCUGAGUUCCGGGUGAUAGUGACUGGUUUGCCCCAAACUGGGAGCUGGCAGGAUCUGAAAGACCACAUGCGUGAGGCAGGGGAUGUGUGUUUCGCCGACGUGCAGAGGGAUGGUGAAGGAGUGGUGGAGUUUGUCCGUCGGGAGGACAUGGAAUAUGCCCUGCGCAGACUGGACAGGACUGAGUUCCGUUCCCAUCAGGGGGAGACGGCGAACAUACGUGUCCACGGAGAACGUGGUGCCAGUUAUGGUCGCUCGCGGUCCCGCUCCAGAUCCCCCCGGGGGCGUGGCUACUCACCACCACCUUACCAAAGCAGAGGGUCCCCUCCACAGCGCUACCAGUCUCCCCCACGCCGCUCUGUGUCCCGCCAUAGCCCCCCAGCGAGGCGACACUCAGUACCGUACCAUAGCCCGCCCCCACGCCACUAUCGGUAGACCAGCCAGCCAUUCACAAGAGGGCACUGAUGAUUAGGGGCAGUUUAAUUAUUAUUUUGAUCCCAUAUCUCCUCCCUAAGACACACACAAAUAAUUGUCCCCCUUUUGCUUGCUAUGUACAUUCCUUUAUCAGUCACCCCUGCCCUCCUGUUGGCAUUAACAUUGUUGAUUUCUUCCUGUUGAUUGACUUAAGCUUCAGCUCCCUGUGUAAGGUCACUGUAGUCAGCUCAGUUCUGAUGUCUGGUGAGACCAUUUGUUAACAUGCCAAUUAACUGGUCUUGCUGCUCAAGUACAUAUAUGAACAUGAUCUGUUUGAUGAACACUGCCCUGAGAAUAGUGACACUCAACAAAAACUAAAUGUGAACAUCUGCCUGUAUCAUCUAUUCCUUUUAAAUGAAUUGUAAGUGUGUGUGAACCUCUAAGAAUGAAUUAAUACAUUUGGAAAUUGAUUUUGAUUGUAAUCUCCUGGUAAACCUCUGUCAAAAUCAUGUUUUAUUUUAAAGAAAUAUUGAACUUUUUAGCCAGUUCAUUCCUGUUUUCCCUCCUGUUUUUGUAACCUGUGGUGGCUGUAUGCAAGAUAAUUUUGUUUUUCAAUUAAAAGCACUGAAACAAACCAAA